GGUGUCGUAUACAAUCCAAGACUGAGUGAUCGAGGCUACCCACAUCCAUUGAUCGAGUUCAUUUUUCUAAGUUCCAAGUGCAUACAAUACAGAUAACUGUCUACUGAUAAGGCUAACUUCAAUAUCCGACCUGUUAAAUUGGUCUUGGUGGUUGCACUUGUAUUAACUAUUUUACUUGAUUUUUAAUAAUAAUAAAUACACUACCUACGUUUUAAAAAUGCAUAAGUGUAUAGUGUGCAAUAAUAAAUCGGAUAACACCAAAAUCAAUCGUCCAGUAGUUCGUUUUCAUCGAUUUCACAAGAAUGAACAUACAAAAAGAAAAUGGCUCAAAGCUAUAGGAAUUGACCGCUGUCAUGAAUGGCAAUGUGUAUGUAGUGAUCAUUUUUUAGAAGAAAAUUAUAAGCGAAGAUAUUGUGGAAUUUUAUUACGUAACGCUAUUCCCCAACCUUAUGAUCGAAAUGGUUUUCCUUCAAAUUAUGCUACUCAAAGUAAUGAUGUUGAAACUGGAAAUAAUGUAAUUUUACCAAUGGAAACAAAUAUUAUAAGAGAGGAACAUAUUGAAAAUGCUGCUGUAUAUAAUUUUAAUUCACCAGGACGGACUUCUAGGCUUACUAGAAACAAUGAGGAGUAGUUGAUUGGUGAAAAGAAAAAAACUCUUUCAGAACUGAGAAGAACAAUGGCUUUAUAACUUUUUUAUGUGAAUUCUGCUUAUAACAUAA